UUGUGCCUCAUCCAUUAGUCACUCCAGACAGUGCCAUAUCGAACCUCUGCAAGUGACGGGAUUCCAGAUUUCUGUCAAGUUGUUCUGUCAUCGACACAGCAGAAAAAUAUUGGGGCAUUGGGUACAUCGCAUAGAGUUUGUGGAUAGCAAUCAAGAACAGGCUCAUUUGUGAUACAGCCCUUCGAUCUUGUGUGUUUGUUGUACUUCUUCAAUCUGGUGUGAAGUUGCCUCCUUUUGGAUUGGAUUUUACCCCCACAUGGAUUCCCCGACUCCUGUUCUGUCAAAGUGAAAGUCUUUCGGUGGGUGAUCAUUUUGGAUACCAGGGAUUCUUACCUACCGGUCCAACAAUUUCUGCCAAUCAGUGUCGUGUUUGGCCUGUGUUGCUGUCCACCACAACCUAACAUUUCUGAGGGGUGACCAGGACAGUCUCAGUGACCACUCGGGCGACAUGGAUGCAGAACCGGACAGUGACCAGGAGCAGGACUUGGACAAGAUGCUGGGGACAUGGCUGGGCGAAUUGGAAAUCAUGACCAAGAAUUUGGACAGCAACGCCCCAGCGACUCCAACCUCCCCUCCUCUUCCUCCUCCCAUCACCCCGUCAACCAACGGUCUGGACAACUUCCAGUUUUCCCUGCUCAAUCUUGAAGCUGCCAAGGACUCAUUUGACACCAGCUUACAAGACUCACCAGAUGUGGACUUGGACGCCCUCCUGGGCGACCUGUGCCAAAUGGAGCAGAGCCUUAAUGCUCAGAUGCAAGACUGCGACUCCAAGGGUGACACCACCCCACAGUUCCCCAGCUACAAUGUCACAGACAGCACCGGCGCCGCCUCAGUGACCCGGGCCCCGCCCGUCAUCCACACUGUGCCGGCCACGCCCCCCGUCACCGGUAAUACCCCUCUCGGCCUGGCUGUGACGCCAGGGGAGGAGGACGUGGCCAUGCCACCCCCUCCCCCACAGGCGACUUCCGACGCUGUUGACAGUGAGAUGCCCCUGCCCCCUCCGCCACCUCCCCCACCACCCCCGGCUGACAUCCCGGACAACCAGAUGCCCUCACCCCCACCUGAACCCCCACAGGCAGCCCCACCUCUUCCCCCUAAGUCUCAAACUGCGGACACAGCCCCGAUUCCCAAUUCGACGUUUGUGUGCGCUAUUCCCCCACCCCCGUCAGUUGUCACAGCACCCCCGUCCUCACAGAAGACAGCACCAGCGUCACUAUCGAUAGAAAUGGGAGGCGGGACCCCAGCAAAAUCAGCAACGCCAAGUUCACUGACACCCAUGUCUCCAAUCAGCCCCGGGCAGACCCCGUAUUCCAUGAGCGUGCGGGUCAAGCUACAGGACAUCGAGGCCCAGCUGGCCAGUGACACCAGCCUAACCGAGGAGGAGAAGGCGGCCAAGCUGAAGGCUGAGAAGAUCAAGAUUGCCCUGGAGAAACUCAAGAAGGCCAGGGUACAGAAACUGAUCAUCAGGGUGUACAGUGAGGACGGCAGCUCCAAGACGCUGUUUGCUGACGAGACCAUGACGUGUCGGCAGAUCGUCCACACGCUGGUGGACAAGAACCACCUGGAGGAGAAGGCCGACUGGGCCCUGGUGGAGCAGAUACCCGAACUGUACAUGGAGCGAGUUUUAGAAGAUCACGAGCAUCUUGUGACCGACGUCUUGCUGCACUGGAAGCGAGACACGACCAGCCGACUCCUCUUCUCGGAGCGGAGGGAGAAGUAUGCCGUCUUCAGAAAUCCACAGAAUUUCCUCCUGUCGUCCCACACCUCCCAAGUGGCCACCGAGUUUGCCGAGAAGUCCAAGCAGAGCCUGAUAGACGAGUUCUUCUCGGAGGGGAGGCAGGGCGUCCCCGAGAUCGAAGGCCCGCUCUUUCUGAAGGCGGAGGGCAAGAAGUCCUGGAAGAAGUACUUCUUCGUUUUGAGAGCAUCUGGGUUAUACUACACACCCAAGGGGAAAUCCAAGUCCUCAAAGGACCUUGUGUGCUUGGUACAGUUUGAACAUGUGAAUGUCUACAAUGGUGUGGGAUGGAGAAAGAAGUACAAGGCACCGUCUGACCACUGCUUUGCUCUCAAGCACCCCCAGCUGCAGCAGAAGUCCAAGUACACCAAGUAUCUGUCAGCAGAGGACUACCGCACCUGCCAGAGGUGGAUGGCUGGCAUCAGGAUAGCUAAGUACGGACGGGUGAUGCUGAGCAACUACACGGAGACCCAGCGGGAGAUGGUGGACUACUCCUCCAGCGUGGAGAGUAUGUCCACGAGCAGCCUGGGUGACAGCUCCUCCAUCUCCAGCAUGCACUCCAGUGCCAGCUCCCACAGCACGCAGAGCUCUCUGGCAGGUGUUAGUCCCAGUGGGAGCACCCUGAGCGUACCUCCAGUGCAGGUGAACACCUUACCAACCCGUCAGAGCAGCAUGGGCAACAUGUUUGCCAGUGCCUGGAAGAAAGGCAAAGAGAAAGAGAGUAAAGUCGACUCGCCAAACCUGGAUCGCUAUUGUGGGAGAUCACCAGGGCCAGGAGAAAGGAUUCCAGAUGAGGGAACGUUCCAGUUCAAAGCGCCGCUAGUGUCCCAGUCGCAUCCCACAACUCAGCGGCAGACCCCCAAUGACAACGACGAUGUGGAGCGGACCCUGAUGGAGCUGGAAAUGAACCUGGCCCACGACCAAGAGCCUACCCAGCUGGACCGGCAGCAGAGCCAGGUACAUGCGCGCCCAGCAUUUUACAAACUCCCAGCUCCGUUGGGCCCCAAGCCCAACCUCAACAACUCCAACGCUGGGCCUGUCCAUGUCCACGUGACGGCUCGCAAUGCUGAGGCGGUGACGGUCAAAGUCAGCCCAAUGUCACCGUCAUUCUCUACAUCAUCAUCACCUUCAUCCUCGCCCUCCUCUUGGACAUCGUCCCCAAGCAGCUUCUCGGGAUGCGAGGCGAGGAGUAAUCCUCCUCCCGUCGCUCCCAAGCCCACCUUUUCCUCUUCUCCUUCAUCGUCUUGCCUGUCAUCUUCUACUAACAAAACCUCGCCGGGCUCUGAUAGUAGUUGUGCCAAACAGACUUCAUCCAUCAUUAGCUCACGGCCGAGGGACACUAACCUGGGGCGGAGCGAGAGCAAGAGGGUGCAGUUUAAGGAGGUGCUGGAAGAGAAAAUCCCCGUGCGAGGCCGCGCCGCUGAAAAGGAACCCAUUGCAUCACCCCCCAGUUCCCCCCUCAAGCCCAUCUUGAAUACCUCACCUCAAAACCCCACCCUGCCUUCCCAGUCCUUCUCCAAGACCUCCUUUGCGUCCCAGUCACAAGCCCCAGUUUCCUCCACCUUUCAAUCCCCCACUGCCUCCCACCCUCAGCAACCCCCUCGCUCUUGCUCCUUCACCCCCAGCUCUUACUCACCCCCGCUUCCUCACACCACACUUCCUCACACCACGUUCUCACCCCCUAACACUUCUAACAUCAACACAAUUCAUCAGCUGGCAAGCGGAGGGCUCUACAGCACAGCAAGACAGCCCAGGGCACUCCCCACCACGCCAUCGACCCAGAGUAACGGCUACGGUCACCCCCAGCAGCCACCGGCCCAGCAAGGACCACCAAGGCAAGCCAAUUCCUCUUUCCUUGCCGAACUCAACAGCGCUCUCGUCAAGCCCAAGCCCGGGGGUCCUGCAGGGAAACCCCCUGUUUCCCCGCGGCCCCCUCUGUCCCCUAGGCCCAAGCCGCUAAAGCAAGAAACAGCAACGCAGCAAAAUAUCACUAGGCCAGGGGGCCCCUCAUCUCCCAAAAUGCAUUCUGUAUCCCCCAUAUCGCCCAGAGACAGCAUGACGACAUUCAGUAACCCCCCUAAGACACAAUUGGCUUGCAAGCAGGGAUCGCCCGUCCCAAGCAGGGCACAGUAUCCACCCACCUCCCCUGGCACCCCACCAAAAUCUAACCACCGCCCAAGGGAGGGCCCCGCAUCCCCAAGAGUCAGGGACUCCCCACCCUCUUCCCCUGCCUCCCCUGGGGGAAUUUUUGUCUUGCCCCCUUCCCCAACCGCCCAGCUAAAAAGGGCAUUCACAGCAGGGUCCCAAGUCAAAAGAAGCGGUUCCAAUAAGGGAGCAAAACCGCCCCCACCCCCAAGGAGAGAUGGCACAACCCAACUGACUACGGGGGACAGAAAACAACCCCCAUCCCCACCCCAAAGGGCAACAUGAUGGCAGAAUUAAAUAUUAAAUUUCCGCCAUAUUUUUCUCAAGAAAAAGAGCCUCAUUUCUACUCAAGUUCUCGAAGUAUUUUCUCCCACCUCAAUUUUGUUUUUGUUUUUGCAUUACAAAAAAAGUGGAAGCUUUGUGCUAAUCUUGCCUGUUGAUAUUAAAGGCGACAUUUUUCUUUGCUAAGUUCUUUUUGUUUUUGGCAACUUGGGCAAUUGAAACAUGAAUGCUCUUGUAGUUGAUAUCAGCCCUGCCUCUGUCCCUCUUUGCAAAAAAGCUUCAAAAGUGGCUCUUAGAAGAAAUGACACGACAGACAUUGCACACCACAUGUUCCCGUUCUUCAGUAACAUUUUUUUGUCAUCAAUUUUUGUUUGUCUUGCAAAUUGGACACAUUUUUAGGGGUAAUAUAAAAAAAAGUCGGCUGUUGUUAAAAGUUGUGGAAAAUGCUUUUGGUAGCAGGGUAAAUAUUGAAAUGAGGCUCAGUAUUACAGAGAUUUAUUUUAGUCAGAAUAAUUACUGCAUUUGAAGAAAUUUUAGCUACUGGAAAUUCAGACUAUUUUGCAUUGCAUUGGGGAAAGAUUUCGUCACAAAAGGAAAUCUUGCCCCAAAUGCAAAACAUCUUCAUGUAUUUGUACAAUAUGCAAAUAUUUGAAGCAAGUCAGUCUGAUACGAUGUGUUUUAAUAACUUGAUUACAAAUAUUUUUGUACAGAACAAAAUACAGUAAACACUUGUACAUUUAUUGUUUAAUGCAGUAGAGUUCUCCAGAUUCUGAAGAUAUUGGACAGAAGAAUUUGAAAUCAUUAAAAGUGCCCAAUUUGAGGUUUUCCCCUUCUUACAGCAAAGAGUGUAGCCCAAUUGGUAAAAAUCUGACUGUAAGCUUUAAACAAAAGUCUUUCUUUAAUGUUUUAUAAAAACUAAUCUUUUUGUACACAUUGUCAGUUUUGAAUGUUGGUCUAAAUAAUUUAGAAAAUGGAGUCUUUGUGGACUUUAUCAAAAUCAUGCUGUAUUUAUAGGGCCAUUGUAACCAGGCAAAUAGCGACUCUACAAUAAUACAAUUCAAAGGAUUUAAAAACAGUCAAAUCAUCAGUAUUUUUUCACGAGCAACUGUAAAAUAAGUAACUAAAUUUCUAUUUACAAAUUUAUUAGAUUUUCUACCUAUUUAUGACGUAUAUAUACAUGUAUCUUGGAAAGUUAAACCAUUAGAUAAUCUGCAUGCAUCAUUAGCUGAAUGUACUUAGGAUAAUCGAUGGCAGUAAGUACGGAAUCGGUCAGCCAUCAUUUAAUAGACACAACUAUUGAAAGACACAUGCAAACUCAUUAAAAGUUCAUUUCUGAUAUUGUUUCUCCUAUUUUUGAGUUGACUCUCGUUUCAGAACCUUUCUCCACAGUCUCUGCAGUUGGACCAAACCCUAAAACUGAACCACUUAGACUGUGGGGGGCGGGUUUUCCUGUAACCAGAAACAGUCUCACAGGGCCACUAAAAUGAGAAUUAAUCAGAGGCUUGGCCGAAUGUUUUGGCUGCGGCUCGCAGUGACACGCGAGUCUAUUGGGAACUGGCAGUAGCCGCUAAGAAGUGGUUUCCAUAGACACACGUGUUUUACCAAGCCACAGCCAUGGCAUUUGGACACAGCCAUAGGUUGGCUGAGCAGCUUCAUCUCCUUGUACGUACUGAUCCAGUGGGGUUUUUUUUUGGUUGAUACUCAAAGCUUCUCAUUUUCAACUCAGCAGUUCCCAAAGCGACACAAAUGGCACUACCUAACAUUUCACUUCUUAUGGUACUUAGAUGUCACUCGUGGUGUGCGGUUUCGUAAUCCAUUUAUCAUCAUUGGUUUCAGUGUUUUUAUUUUCAUUCCAUUGAUUUUGUGCCCCUUUGUGAACGUUCAUGUCAUAUCUCAUUUUUAACACCAACAUUGAGAUCACUGAAACUUGAAGGGGAUCAUUUGCUGGCAUCAGUCAGGAACCGGCCAAUUGGGGUUUGGUUUCUGCCUCAAGAAAAGAGUGGGACUUCACUUGGCUUUUAUAUACCGGCCUUCCUCUCCAAACUUGAAGGGGAUCAUUUGCUGGCAUCAGUCAGGAACCGGCCAAUUGGGGUUUGGUUUCUGCCUCAAGAAAAGAGUGGGACUUCACUUAUAUACCGGCCCUCCUCUCCAAAGUUGAGGGGAUCUAAACACUAAAUGUACAUCAGAGAAUUUGACUUGGGCCAGGUGGGGGUUUUUCAAAGGGAGCUUUUCCGGACAAAAUUUGUUGUGCUCAGACAAAUGAGUGACUGGCCGAGACGAGGUGUUACACUGCUUUGAACAGUUUCUCAGUUUGGAAUUGCGAAUAGCACUGUAAUUAAUUGAGCGUUUCCUGCUAUGCAGUUGUAAAAUGAGACACAAGCACCUUGACCCUUGGCUAACCCUUGAUUGAAAUGGGCAAAUGCAUGUACAUGCAAAUGGAUUUGGAGAAAGGGCCUCUAAGCUGGCAUUGUGUCACAUCGCUGAAAACAUUAGCACAAAUCAAGCUGAAAUGCUGACUGAAGCAGUACACGUGGAAACAUCUUGUCGGGCCACAUUUUUCUGUGCUUAUCGUGUCUGGUCGCAGCACUAAAGACUUGCCAAUCCGAUCACUUCCACAAAGCUUGAGAAACACAAUGUGUUUGGCGGAAGGGGGAGGCACUUUUUAUGGAUACAAACUUCAACGUACUCCCUGUCUGUUAGUAACAACGAGCUGUUUAACCCCACUGUCAAUUUUGUGCAGAUAGUGCAUUGUGUCAUAAUUAUGUGCAGCUUGUGGUCUUUGCGUAUGAAAUUCAUGAGUCUCUUUGUUUUGCAUCUCACAGGACACAGAGAGCUGAUUUUGCAAAUCAUGGGGACCAGCAUGUGCCGUGGUCACGCAUGCAGUAUUACAUCUAGUCGUGGCAUGUAUCUUGUGUCCGACAACCUCGACCCCAGGGUACUGCCGGCUCCAUCCCAAACUGUAGACUUGUUUUCCUGUUCUUCAAGACACAGUUGCUUACAAGUAAGUAAACAACUGGUAAAAGGGAAUCCUGCAGAGGGUGAACAGGAAAUGGAAGAAAACUGGUUGGGAUGGAGGGUUUUUGCAGGGCUCCGGGGUGAAGGUUCGGACGCCAUCUUGCCUCUCUCUCUGCAGCUCUGCAUGAUCUUUUUCUGAUGCUACGCACUGCACACGCUCAGUGUGUGCCUCCUGGGAUCGUCCGAUCAAGAUAUGGGCUGUGCAUUUCCGAUGAAGUUUAUGAGUUUGCAUGGUUGUAUUGGCUAUUUUUUUGUUUGUCAUACUUUGCAGACAUGUCCAAGUCAUCAACAUCUCCAUUCCACAUUGAGAUGAUCUCAAACUUAGCAGCAUCAUUUUGAAACAUUUUAAAAAUUGUAGACUUUGAACAAAUAUUUUUCAUAGUUUGACAAAAUAUGUAUGCUGCUUUCAUAAGCUUAAAUGCUGAAAACCCAAAGGUUUUUGAUACAAAGCGCUGCACUAUAGCACACUUAGAUUUAAAUCCACAUAUCAGCUGACUUGGACAAGUCUGCCAGUUGCACUGUGCAAUUUAUUUAUUUUUUGCUUAGUUUACUUUGGUUUUAGUUUUUUUGUUUACAACAUCGUAAAUUGUCUCUUCGAGCUUUUACACCAAAUGUUUGCAGAAUGAAAUAUGUGUCAUGCAUUCAGAACAAGAAAAAUGGCAAGGACUGUCUGGCUGACACUGAACUCCAAAUAUGUAGUUUUGUGUUUUUUCGCUUUAUAUUGCUGCAACACGCAUUGGUUCGUUUUUCAGCUUAAAAAGCACGGAAUCAUGAGUCUCAUGUUUGAAAAUAUUUGUGUGAUAGAUCGCAAAAUUGGUAGCAUUGGCACUUCUUUCAAACAACUCAUUUCAAAUGUUCGAGUUCUGUUCAAACUCAUGCAGUGUUUCCUCACGAAAAAUUAUUUGAACCAAACACUACAUUGAACCAAAUCUGUGAUGGAAUUCCCCUGUCGUCUGGAGAAAUGUUCAUCGCGUUUUGGUCCUGUGGUUUCAAAACCAGUGGCGUAAAUAUUUUGCCUGUCUAAAGUGAGCUGUCUGCUUGAAUGAAAGCAUGAAGCAGAGCUUGGCAGCUCCGUUGUUUGAUCGAGGAUUUUUUCUGUUUAGCUUUUGUUUAAAAAUGGUCAAAAUUUUCAACAAACCUGGCAACACAUUGGCAUGAGUAUGAGGGUUUUGCAUUGUUGUUUCAAAUUGGGUCUGAAGGGUCGGCUGUCCCAGGCAAGUCAGCGUUUGCAUCUCUCCAAGCAGUUUGGUCUCCACAUUGCAAACUAGGGAGAUUCUAGCCCUCAGGUAGUCCAAACUCCAGGACAGGACCAUCUCUCGUUGCUUUCGUAUCUCAAAUUAAUCACGUCAUCCACAAGACAUUGCUGUAUAUCGUACCCUUCUGGAAUAUUCUGUUGCACAAUAUUAGUGUUUUUCAGAUUUCUCUUUAUAUGGGUUUAGUGUUUGGCACAUGGAGGAGAAUCGAAGGGGCGGAGUCACAAAAAGAAGUUCGGGGGAGGGGUUACAUUAAGCAAGGUCCAACAGGAAAAAUACAUUGAGCCUGGAGUUUCAAAGACAUCAUUUCAAGAAAAACAAGUUACCAUUGCUGAAACUUGUUUAAUGCAGCUUGGCUGUGGUUAUCGUCUUGCGUUAUUAUUAUUGGGAUGUUCUUAAUAGAGUUUUUUCCGUGCCAAGUGAGGACUGCACACCAUGAUUGACCUGUCUGUAGAUUGUCUUGCCAUGCUUGUGUGAAAAAUGUACAGUGAUGAUUUUUUUGUGUGUUUUGGUUUGGUAUCAUGUGGAUAAAAUAUGUGUAUGUAGCUCAUUGAUUUUUAUUUAUUUUGUAUUUUUCCUUUUUCAUCUGCUGUUGUGAAUCAUGUUCCAAUUGUAUAAAAACUCACGCCCAGUUUGGUCAGUCUCUCAAUAUCAACAUCUCUUUUUCCUGAAAUUUACACCUCAAAAUUCCCAGUUUUCUACAGAGGAGGUAGGUGCCAUCUUUUGUGUCUGGAAAAUGCCAAAAGAAGCCCUGACUUACCCGUGUGUGCUUGUUCAUCCCUAAUUGGGUGGCCUCCUUGACACAAACUCAGUGUGUCAUUGCUCAGUCAAACUUGGGAGCUUUCUCUGUGUGGAGGUCAAUGAGACUUGGCUGGUUUCUUAGACUCUUAGGUCAGCACAGGCUGAGGCUAAUCGAGGCCAUGUCCACAGGUUGUGGCUUUGGCUGGCAAUUAUGUUGUGUCCGUUGAAGCCACUGGCUACAGCUAUUGGCGGAAGACAUCCUCCAUAGGCACAUGCAUUAUUGCCGGCCGUGGCCACAAAAUUUGGACACAGCCCAACAUGGCACUGAACCUCAGUGACCUCCGACCUGCACAUGGGCGAAUGUGCAUUGAACUUGGCCUCCAAUAUGGCUGUGUCCAAUUCAACUGGCUACAGCUCAAAAUAUUACAUGUAACUGUGGAAACCACUUGCUAUUUAAAGUCAAAGUUGGCCUGUUUAUCCAAUGUUUAACCUCUGACCCUACAAUCUUUAUCUACUGCAAGGUUUAAUAAUGUGCUUAUUGUAUCGGUAUUGACCCCGUGCCGCUGACGAGGUUACUUUACAACCUGUGAUGAGAGCGUGCAAAGAGUUUUUUUGUGCUCACUGGUUUGCAUACACUUGUUAUUAGGCUAUCAUUAUGAAAUGGGUACCAAGACAACUGUAAACUGAGAUGAGAAGGCCAGUUCCUGCCCUCUUCAUUAUCAAUACAUUCUAACCUCAUCAGGAAGGACCCAGCUGAUUACAGUAUGGCUCCCCCACCCCUGAUUAAAACGUACUUUGGUGAAACAUCUUUUCAUCAAAGGUCACAAAACCAGACAAAACUGAGAAUUAUUGCCGUCUGUAGUGAGAGCACCCUACGUUGACAGUACACGGAGGCUUGUAUCGUGGAGAGUUGCAAUUAACCACAGGAUAUUUGAUCAUGUAUUUAUUAGUUGUUAUUCUGCACAACCUUUCCCCUCAUUUCCUCUCCCCGUUGCCCCGUUUUCUCUUAUUUUUUAUAAGUUUGUGCAAAAUGUGUGUCUGACCUUGUACAUUUCAUAAUGUAAUAAUCUCCUAGUGUGCUGCAGUACCAAUUAGUGGAGUACAUAUUUACAAUCUCUACAUGUAUAUUAGAUCUGCAGAGUAACAGCGUAUUUUAUUAGAAUAUUUUACUUAUAUUUAUUACCGGCAAUAUAUGUGGUUUAUUGCUUCAAAUUGAUAAUCACUAGCUGUAGAGGCUGGUUCCAUUGUUAUUUCAAAAUAAAUCCAUAGAUUGCUCAUAUCGCUUUGGACUUAAAGACUGCCCUCUCUUGUUUCGGUUGCUGAAUUGCCAGUCAAAAAAGUAGGUAUUAUACACGCCUUUAGCAUGGGUUCCGGUUGUUAGCAGGUGAUUGUAUUGAUGCUGUAAUAAUGGCAUAACUUAGGAGGGUACGGGGGCAUUCUCCCCCCCCCCCCCCCAAAGCUUGUGCUAUUGGGGGAUGGUCUGCCUUGGUAAGUUUUUACUUUUCACUCCAUGGGAGCAGGGUGUAGUUCAGAUCCUAACAUGCCCCCCUUCCAGGAAUGAGGGACUUCCAAGUCCCCCCCCCUGCACAAUCUAACCCCUGUUACUACCCCGUGAGACAGGUCAAAAUAUUUUAUAGAUCCAUCCUUCCAGGGGUUAAUAAAUUCUUGCCUACUCCGUUCUUGUGGAAGACAAUUGAGGGAGCUCUGUGACAAGACAACAUCUUGUGACAAGGGUGUUUGAUCAUUAUGUCGAUACUCCCUACAUAAAUAAUAUUUCCAUUGCAUAGGCUUAAUAGUGUGUCAGUAAAAACUGUUAUUUCAAUUUAAAGAGAAGUUUAUACUUUUUGAUUAAUUUGUGUCAAACAGUUAUUAAAUCAGUCAUAAAACGACUCCCUACCUGCCUGUCUCGUUGUUCAAUGUAUCAAGGUGCCACUCCCCUGAAAGGUAGAAAGCAGACAACCCCAAGAAACAGGGAAUUUGUCUUCAUCAAAUUUGUCAGCUGUUUUUUCUUUCAAAAAUAAUUCUGUUUGGCUCUCUAGAAAAUUAAUGUCAUUUAUCAAGUGGUUAAUCAUGCUUUGUUGUACAAUGUAUUAUAUAUUAACUAAACUUGUAUGAAGAAAUAUAUAGCCGACUUUCAAAUUGAA